CAUGUGAGGCCACCACGUUUCAUUUACCCUCCGUGUAACAUUACUGACUCUGCCCAGUUUAUUUAAGAUAUGGCAUCUGAGUGCUGCCUCAGUCUCACCAAAUACUUCCUCUUUCUCUUCAACUUGAUAUUCUUUCUCUUAGGAUCACUCCUCUUAUCUAUGGGACUAUGGAUACUACUUUCAGAGAACAGAAUUUUCAUGCCCUCCCCUCCCUACAUUUCCAUCUCUCUCUUCUCCUACUUCCUGAUCAUCAGUGGAUCUGUGACCAUGUCAUUAGGCUUCUUAGGAUGUCUGGGUUCUCUGAAGACUGUCAAAUGCCUGCUGGCAACUUAUUUUAUCCUGCUCACGGUUCUUCUCGCGGCUCAGAUAGUGGGUGGGGUUCUUUUCUACACCCAGAAGACUGAGUUGGCAGGUUCACUAAAGGAGCAUACUCUUCUACUAAUAAAGUCAUUUGGAAGGAAUGAUUCCAGUCUCCAGAGUUUUGAAAAUACUCUAGAGUACAUUCAGCAGGAGGCCAAAUGCUGUGGUUGGCAUGGAACAGAAGAUUGGGAGGAAUCUAUACCCUGUUCCUGCUACAACAUAGGCAAUGCCACUGUCAAUGCGACAUAUGAAAUCCAAGAUCCAAAUAAGUGUAACACAUGUUUCCCAGAUGAUAUCCUUUCAAAUCACACCUGUGGGGUUUAUAAACAGGGUUGCAGUGAGAAUAUAAAGGAAUGGCUGGACGAAAAUCUUCUCAUGAUUUUGGUGGUUAUUUUGGCCAUUUCUGUGGUGGAGAUAUGUGGUAUGAUCCUUUCGAUGUGCCUGUAUAAAGAGGGUUCUGUGGAUUACAACACAAUUCUCCACUAAGAUGACCAGGAUCAGUGAGG